GCAGUAGCCAAGAACAGAAGUAAAGCUGCAGGGAGAGUGAGUGUACUAGAGCAAGAAACCACCCCAUCCAUCCAUCGAUCCUUCCAUGGAAGACCCCUACACGAGCUUCUUCAAGAACCCCUACUACUACUACACCACCUCCUUCCCCGCUGCUCCGGCUCCCCAUCUCCCUCCUCCCCUCCCACCGUACAACGCCUUCUACCCCGGCGUCGCCGCCGCCGCGCCUCAGUACCCGGCCUGCUUCUUCCAGUCGCAGCCGACGACGCUGCCGCCUCUCCAUGACAGCCCUCCCUCGCCUCCUCUCCGAGAGGCGCUGCCCCUCCUCUCCCAGUCGCCCACGCGCGGGCACGGCGCCUCCCGGCCGCACGUAGCGGCGGACUCCGACGACGACGACGACGCCGAUGACUUCCUGCGUGAGGUCGUCGUCAGCUCCGCGACCCAUUCUGCGCGCGCGCCGCUCUUCGCCGACCUCAACUGCAUGCCCUCCUGCUGCGACGACGGCGACCCUAUGGACGUGGAGGCGGCCGGGGCGGAGUCCACGGACGACGCCGCGGUCGCUCUGCGCAUCGGCCUGCCGGCGGCGCCCGUGAACGGCUGCGGCGGCGCGGAGGCCGACCUCCUGUCCGGGCUCUCCGGCAGGGCCUGCGGUGGCAUGGAGCCCGAGGAGGAUGAGGAGGAGUGCAAGGUGGACACCGGCGCCGGCGACGGCGACGAGGUGGUGCCGCUAGGGUUCGCGUCGACGCCCAUCGGGAGGCUCAACAAGGGGCAGUACUGGAUCCCGACGCCGGCGCAGAUCCUCAUCGGGCCCACCCAGUUCUCGUGCCCCGUCUGCUACAAGACCUUCAACCGAUACAACAACAUGCAGAUGCACAUGUGGGGGCACGGGUCGCAGUACCGCAAGGGCCCGGAGUCGCUGCGCGGCGUGCAGCCGACGGCGAUGCUCCGGCUGCCGUGCUACUGCUGCGCGCCGGGCUGCCGCAACAACAUCGACCACCCGCGGGCGCGGCCGCUCAAGGACUUCCGCACGCUGCAGACGCACUACAAGCGCAAGCACGGGCUGAAGCCCUUCCUGUGCCGCAAGUGCGGCAAGGCCUUCGCCGUCAAGGGCGACUGGCGCACGCACGAGAAGAACUGCGGCAAGCUCUGGUACUGCCUCUGCGGCUCCGAGUUCAAGCACAAGCGCUCGCUCAAGGACCACGCCAGGGCCUUCGGCCACGGCCACGGCGCCUUCGGCUGCAACAUCGACGGCGGCGCCGACGGGCUCGAUGACGACGACGAGGGCGCCGUCUCCGAGAUCGAGCAGGACUGCGCCGCCGCCGCUGCCUGCGGCCGCUCGGCGCGGUGAUCGUCGCCGAUCACCGUCUUGUUGCGUUGGCAUCUCUAUAUGCUUACGCGCCGCGCGCCGCCACACAUAGCUAGCUAUAUAUGUUGUUCUUGUAGUUGCUGUUGCCUGUUGUACGUGUCGUUGUCGACGCCCGGCCGUCGUCGUUGUUGCUUUUGCUCCAUCGAGUAGUACUAGUUCGUUAGGGUUCUGGAGGUCGGUCGAUCGCGUGACCUCCUGAUCGAUCUCUACUAGCUGGUUAAUUAGUUCGCGAUAAGUCCACAAGGACUCAAAUGUUGGAAUGCUGCUGGACUGCUGUUGGGCGAUCUUGAUCGACCAUUUGCCACAUUAACUCAUGGAAUCAGCAAUUCAGCACGUACUCAUGCAUCUUCAUCAGUUUCGUGUUCUGUCUCUUAAAUCUCAAUUAAUCAAGAACAUCCCGUUUUCAAAAAAUA